AUGAAAAUUCACCCGUCAAACGCGUUAAGGAAACGAAAAACCUGGUUUCCGGAAAAAGAUGAGAAUAUUUGUUCGUUAUUGGGAACGAGUUUACGUCAUCAGACAACUGAGUUUUUUGAAAAUUCAACUUUGCAUGGCGUACGUUACAUUGCGGAGAAGGAGCGGCCAUUUUGUGAAAAAUUUAUGUGGUUUAGUUUCACUGCGAUAGGAGCAAUAGCAACGUGCAUUAUAAUCGUUAGUUUGUGGGAGAAAUUUCAAACAAAUCCAACAAUUACAGGUCUGGACACAGAUUUUCAUAAUUGGGAUGUACCAUUUCCAGCCGUCACUAUAUGUGAUAGGAAUGCUGUUGAUGAUGAAUUAUUACAAGAAUACAUUGAAAAAACAUGGGGAUCAGAAACGCCUCCAAAUGCCGAAGAGUUUUUGCGAUGGCUUUCCACUCUCAGCUAUCGGUCUAUAGCGACUAGAGCUUUAGAAUUCACAAAGGAUGAAUCUGUAAACACAUUAGAUCCAAAAGAUGCUGUUUUUAAUAUUGUGCGACACUGUGAAAAUAUUUUCUACGAUUGUGAAUGGAAAGGCGACUCUGAGGAAUGUUGUGAAUUAGUGGCGCCUGUCUUCACUGAAAUGGGCUUCUGUUACGCGUUUAAUUCGAAACACGCUGAAAAAUCCUGGCCAUGGCAAGCGCAAUCCGAACAAUUCACCGAAGCUUUCAUCCACGAAACGGACGCUAAAUGGUCAUUUUUGUUUAAUUCAUUUCGCAACGAUACAAUAAUUGAUGUAUACAUACAUUCAACCGAAGAAAUGGCAGGCUUGGAACAGACAAUCCAACAUUCUUGGGACAGACGUGUUGAAAAAGUGUCGUUUUCCGUAAAACAUACAUACACAACGGAAGACGCGAGGCAGCUUUCGAUUCGCCAGCGGCGUUGUAUUUUUGCUGAUGAACAGAAAUUGGAAACGUCACAUGUAUAUACAUAUACUGCUUGUAUGCGCCAAUGCAGGAUGCAAAGGAGUCGAUCAUUAUGCAAUUGUGUUCCCCAUUUUUACCCGCCUAUCCAAGGUUAUCGCUACUGUACUAUUAGAGAAUUGGAAUGCAUAGCAGAACACGCGACAACGAUUACCGAUGUAACACGAUGCAAUUGUGAACUCGGGUGCACUCACACUGUCUAUGAAGUGGAGAAACUUACAGCGACUGAUGCCAAAACAAAUUCGUUAGAAACUGAAUUUGUAUCUUGGCCCAUGGUGCGAUAUAAGCGAGAAGUGCUGUUCGGUUGGGUCGAUUUACUAGUAUCGUUCGGUGGGAUAGCUGGUUUAUUCCUUGGGUUCUCGCUUCUAUCGGGCGUAGAAUUAAUCUAUUACUUCACACUACGCGCGUGCUGUGCGCUCGUUCGCGACGCUGACACAUUACGCGAAGAGCGUGCGGCGCGGCUGGCUAAGCCCAAACCGCCCCAUGAUCUCAGCCUAGUCCCAUGGUGGAAACAGCCACCUCCAAUUCAAACAUCAAAGCCUUUGAAGGUCCAGGUGAGUAGCAUCAAGCUCCCGCGGUAUUCGCCUCCACCGGGAUACACAGAAUACUUGCCAUAG